AUGAUAAAAAGAAGUUCGGAGUCGUCGAUACUUGACGUAAUGUUGAUGAACGAUGUGGUUAGUGCCACCGAAUUGUUUGAUAGUGACCCCCUCGAGUCUCCGAUUUGUAAAUAUUUUGUAUACGGCUUUUAUAGUUAUACUAUAAAUUCGGAAAAUAACGCACCAAUAACCAGAAAUAAUCACCUUCUACUGAUAAACACACAACAUCAGAUUAAUUUUUAUCCAAUAAAUCAGUAUAAUAAGGAUUUAAAUAGUCAUAAUUCACAAAGAAACCCGACUAAAAGGUUGGAAACCCGUGAUGGUUAUAUGGAUUCGGAUGAUGGAAAAUCGUAUUACGAUUGUGUUGUAGAGUCGGAUGAACAACACAGCGAAUCGGAUGUUGUCAUCCAAAACGAUGACGUAAUUGAGGCAGACUAUGAUGUUAUUGAAUUGAAGAAGAAUACACUUAAUUUAAGAAAAAUAUAUAUGCCGGGGAAACCUAGUAAAACCAUAGCAAAAAAUGAACUUCAAUUGAUAAUUGAGUCGCCAGUCAAGGUUGGAACAUGUGAAUUCAAUUUUUGUGCACUUUUGGAAACCGGGAAUAAACUCACACUCUUUUACUAUGAUUCCGCUGAACUUGAAUAUUUAAACGAUUCAGACACCAUAACUCUCGAUCAUAUCACAAUCAAAGACGUUUUUCCGACUGUUAAAUCGGUGUAUAACGAGUGUACCAUUAGUACAUUCAGCGAAAUUUAUCACUUGCUGUCCUCUUCCUUGAAGAGGUUUAAGUUUAGACUAAAAGGUUUUGACGAAGUUGAAAAUCUGUUCGACGUUACGUUGACCAAUUAUAAAAUCAUUAACUCAAUUUUAGAGACUGUAAAUUAUGAUGGACUGUGUAUCAAUAAGUGUUAUCUCGAUGAAAAAAAUGUGGAGUCCUUCUCCUCAUUCAGCUAUCUGGACGAUUCGAUAAUCGACUUCUUCAACCAAUUUACCUAUAAAUAUUUGAUGGAUGAAUCGCAGAGAAAAACAUGGGUGAUAUUGAGUACAUACUUCGUGAGGAAAAUAAAGCAGUACAAGGACCCGAAGGAAGCGUAUACAAACACAUGGAAGUGGACAAGGAAGUUUACGAGAGCUUUGCCCAUGAACGACUUCAUUUUCAUACCAAUCAACCUCUCUGAAGUUCACUGGUCACUGGUGAUCAUCGCAUACCCGAAGUACGCAAUAAGAUAUCAUAGUAUAAAGUCCGAAAAAAAAGCAUCAAUUAUACACCUCGACUCGCUUGGAAACCAUCACCUCAGCCACGAUAUAAUUGACCUACUCAAAAAUUACCUCUACCAAGAGUAUGAUAAUCGAUGUAGAAUAUUCAAGGAGAGGGGGUUUGAGUUUGAUUUGGACCCAGAUUCGUGGGAUUACAUAGCACCGUCCAGAGGAGUGCCUCUGCAAAAUAACGGCUACGACUGCGGGAUAUACCUCAUCGAGUAUAUUAUGUACCUGACGCGAAACAAGAACGAGUUUUCAACCUUGAUCCCAAAGUACUUCGAGCCCAAGAAUGUAAACAGAACAGAAUCAGGAAGAUAUGGAAAGUGGUUCACCCAAGUUCAAAUACACAAUAGGAGAUUGAGCAUGAAGCAAGUCCUUAAAUUCAUGAGAGAUAACCCUAAUUGGUCAACAGAUCAAAAUAAGAUCCAGUACGUCAUUGAUCAAAUGACUCAACAAUAUUAA